AUGCCCGUCUGCAGUUGCAAAGAAUCGUACAACGGAGAUCCAUACGAUUUUUGCAGGCCAAUCCCCGUGAAAGUACCCCCAAGAGCCCCAAGAUCCCCACAUGCUAAACAAUGUGAUCCCUCUCCUUGUGGUCCGCAUAGCACAUGCAGAUCCGUUGACAUCGCUGCGGUUUGUGCGUGUCAGCCGGGUUAUUCCGGAAUACCACCAGAAUGUAGACCGGAAUGUGUCUCGAGCUCAGAGUGCGCCCCGUCUGAGGCCUGCGUGAACCUCAAAUGCCAAGAUCCUUGUCCUGGGACAUGUGGCCGUGAUGCAAAGUGUCAAGUAGUCAACCACAAUCCAAUUUGCGUCUGUCCGUCUGGAAGGAGUGGUGAUCCGCUAACUGGUUGUCACCUUAUAUCUACAUCUUGCAAAGACGACAACGUCUAUUGCUCAUCCUUGGCAACUGCAGGGUACUGUAGCAGCAGUCCAAUCUACAUGCACAAUUACUGCAAGAAAUCGUGUGAAAUUUGCUGA